CCAUGUGGAUAAAACACCUUUCGCCAAAUAAUAAGACGUAUACAGUCUGAUAUAGAUUCAAUUUAAUCUAUUCGUAUGAUAAAAUAUACAUAAAAAUAACAAUAAAAUAUAGUACUCGCACGCCGGCGCCUUCUUAAAGGCAACUGAAUAUAAACAUCAUUAAAAUAUUUUCAAAAAAUUAAAGUGGAUUAUAAAUGUUUAUCUGAUUAUGACGUAAUUAGAUUUUAGUGUAUAUAAAGCUGGCUAGGAUAUCUGUAGGCACAGUCCAACAAUGACUAGGAUCGCUAUAGUUUAUGUGGCCCUCGUGGUCUUCGCCAUGGUUCAAGCGACACCAGACGGAAACAGCGGUGGAGGUGUCGUCGAAGGCGGCGUCGGCGGCGGUAGUGGACUUGGCAGCGGAGAUGGUUUAGGAAGCGGUGGCGGCGGCGGUCUUGGAGGAGGUAUUAGUGUUGGGGUUUUUCCGUUGAUAAAGGCCAAGGUUAACAUGGACGCUAAUUUCGGCACUACACUAGAACACGACGGCUGACAAUGUUAUGUAACAAUAUAAAGUUAUAUUCAGCUUUUAGCUCCUUGUUAUAUCAAAUUAUAAUUCCGGCUAUAAUAAUAUAUACCUAAUAUUCCUAAAUAUAGCAUUGAUUUUUCAAAAA